GCAAACAGAGGCCGGAGAAAGAGCGUGAGAACAGGUUUUGAUCAGGUUUUAUUCUCACACACCCUUCACAAGCUAGGAGUACUUUGAAGGAAGCUACAAGAAGAUCAUGCAGUGCCCUCAGUCUCCAGGGCGAAUCCUGUCGGAGGAGCAGUUCUCCUGCUCCAUCUGUCUGGAGGUCUUUGUCGAGCCCGUCUCCACUCCCUGCGGACACACUUUCUGUAAGGCCUGUCUGCAGGGCUUCUGGAAUCACAGCAAGAAGUUCAUGUGUCCCAUGUGCAAGAAAACCUUCUCCAGAAAACCAGAGCUCAGCGUCAACUGUGUGCUGGCCGAGAUCGCAGAGCAGUUCCAGGGUCUGUCCACGAUGUCCUCGGUUCCUGAGUUUCCAAAUUCCCCACAGAAAGAGGACGACUGUGGAGACUUUGCUAAAGCGGGAGAGGUGCCCUGCGACGCCUGCAUCGGCCGGAAGAUGAAGGCCAUGAAGUCGUGUCUGAGCUGCCCGGGAUCGUUCUGCGAAGCUCACCUGCGGCAUCACAAGAGGGGCAAGGCGAUGACCUCACACAGGCUGGUGGAGCCCAUACACAACCUGGAGGACAAGAUGUGCAAGACACACAAGCGCCUCCUGGACGCGUACUGCCGAAACGAACACGUGUGCGUGUGUAAGGAGUGCGCAGGGUCCUCACAUAAAGGCCACGAUGUUGUCUCCACCGAACGAGAGUGGAAGAAGAAAACGAGUCUGCUGGGAAAGAAAAGGUCAGAACUGAAACAUCUGAUCAAGGAGCGAGAAAAGAAACUGGAGGAGAUCAAGCAGUCCAUCAAAGUGCUCAAAGACAGCAGUCAGAGAGAGGUGGAGGAGAGCUGGACGGUGUACGCGGAGCUGCAGCGGCUGCUGGAACAGUCUCAGGCCGAGCUGCUGGAGCUCAUCUCCACGCGGCAGAAACAAGCGGAGCAGCAGGCCAAAGACCUGGCCAUCAGCCUGGAGCACGAGCUCAACACCCUGAGGAAGAGGAGCAGCGAGCUGGACGCUCUCGCUCAGACACAGGACAGGGUGCUCUUUCUACAGUUCCUGCCGUCUCUUCCUCCUCCACCGGAGCCGUCUGAUUGGUCCUCUGUGUCCGUGAACACAGAUCUGUAUCUCAGCACCAUCAGGAAGUCCGUCUGCUCUCUGGUGGACAAGUUCCAACACGAGGUCAAACGGCUUUAUGGGAAAGAACUCAGGAAGCUGCAACACUAUGCAAGUGAAGUGAUCUUGGAUCCUGCCACAGCUCAGCGUGAUCUCUGUCUGUCCGAGGACGGCCGGCAGGUGCGCUAUGAUGAGCAGCGUAAGAGCUCCACACACUCAGACACGCCGCGGCGCUUCAGCCCAGCGCUGUUUGUCCUGGCGCGAGAGGGUCUUUCCUCUGGCAGACACUACUGGGAGGUGGACGUGGGACACAAGACCGCUUGGACAGUAGGAGUGGCCCGGGGGUCAGCGCGACGCAAAGGAGAGAUCCGCCUCAGUCCAGAAGGAGGCUUCUGGUGUUUAUGGCUGAAGAGUGGAGAAGUGAAAGCCCUCAGUGGUAACAGAGUUCCUCUGCAUCUCUCCACACUGCCUCAGAAGCUGGGCAUCUUCCUGGACUACGAAGCUGGACAGGUGUCCUUCUAUGAUGUGAAGACAUGCUCUCAUCUCUACACGUUCACCGAUGCCUUCACUGAGAGCGUCUAUCCCAUUUUCAGCCCUUGCAUCAAUCAGGACGGAAGGAACCCCGGAGCGCUGGUCAUCACCGCCGUCAAACACAGCUGAGCCGGCAAACUCAUCCGAUGCAUGAGAUUCUGUCUAAAUGGACUUUCAAAACAGAUUCUGGACAAAUAAAACACUUUUUAUAAGUUAUAUCUGUAAGUCGGAAAACACAGUGUGGGACCCAACAUGCAUCUAGUGUAAAAAGACAAUACGCUACUUUGAAGGAUGCAGACACUUACAUAUACACUACUGUUAAAACGUUUGGGGUCAGUAAGAAAGAAAUGAAGUCUUAUUCAGAAAUGAUGCAUUACAUUGAUCAAAAGUGAUAGUAAAUACAUUUAUAAUGUUACAAAAGAUUUAUAUUGUUUCAAUACUGAUAAAAAAUCAGAAUUGUUUCUUUAGCAGCAAAUCAUCACAUUAGAAUGAUUUCUGAAGGAUCAAGUGACACUGAAGACUGGAGGAAUGAUGCUGAACAUUUAGCUUUGAUUCCAGCAAUCAAUUACAGUUUAAGACAUAUUGACACAGAAAACAGUUAGUUCACAGUAUUAUUGUUUUUACUGCAUCUUUGAUCAAAUAAAUGCAGCCUUAGUUACCAUAAUAUCUUACCGGCAACCAACUUUUGAUCUGAUGUGUCUGUUGCUUUCCUUUCCUUUAUUGUUUCCAAUAUAUUUGCAUUACCUUUUUUUUUUUUUUUUUUUUCAUAUAAUAUUAUUCGAAGUUAUUGAUCCGGCCCUUGGAAUGGUAGUGUACUUUGGUCCACUUUGGCUCCAUGUUACUAUUAAUAUGAACGGUAAAUUGAAGUUUGACCUUUUUACAACUUGUGAAUAAAAGUAUAGAAUUGUAACAACUUGUGAAAAGUCACACUCUUAACCAAUCAUUUAUCCAUCUGAAUUUGUAUUUCUCUAUGAAAAAUGUAAUGAAUUUGUAUGGGUGAUUCGACAAUAUGUAUAAGCUAAAUGGAGAAUAUAUCAACAGUAUAGAUCAGAUCACUUAUAUAUUUCCUGGGUUAAAUUCUAUAUGUUUGGAUACAGGUUUGUAAUGAGUUUUUCAGAACUUUUGAAUAAAAUCUA